CUGACAGUGGCGUAUGGCGUGUGCAGGUUUCCCAAGCCGGUGCUAGCUAAGCAGUAUAAAGUCUAAGCAGUAUCUUCAUUAGGUUCAGCUGAAAUGUAUGUGAUUUUUAAGGAGUUGCCGAGGGACAGAUAAAACCGGCCAGAGAGGCGCAGUAUACUAACAGGCUUCUAGAACAGAGGAGACCUGCAGCCAUGGCAGGCAAGGGUCGUGGAGUGGGUGCUUUUACCUUCAAUAUUGACGCUCUGGGCAUCGGCAGGGGCAACAUGCCAGAAGCCAGGGUGGGGCCCAGUCCUCUGUUUCCAAGCACGGAUUUUAAACCAGUUCCACUGAAAGCUGGCGAGGAUGAGGACUACAUGCUGGCCUUAAAACAAGAGAUGAGGGGAACAAUGCAACGGCUGCCAUACAACAUCAAACCUCAAUCCAAUAAAGCAGAAGUGGAGAGAUACACCGAGAGAUACCUGAAGCAAAGCCAGAUUGAUGACAAUGAAUGGACUCCAGACUGGAACCUUUUUCCAAAAGAACUGAUGCCCAGAAGAAAACGACCUCGAGCUAAAACGGGCACAAAGAAAAGUGCAAAGAUAUCACGCAAGGACGCAGAGAACAUUCUGACCAAAUUAGAUGAACUGACAAACAAAGAUGACCCUGAAAAAUCAGAUGAGGAGACUGAAAAGAAGCCAGGAAAUGAGGAUGAAGAAGAGGAAAUUGAAGAGGAAGAAUAUGAAGAGGAUAUUGAAGAGGAAAACGACUACAUAGAAAGCUACUUCGACAACGGUGAAGAUUUCGCUGCGGACAGUGACGAUAAUAUGGAUGGCGAAGCAACAUACUGAGCAUCUCUCAAGCAAGGACG